CUGAUUGAUUAAGAUCACAUAUAUCUGCAAUCUGCAUCCGAUCGCAGCUGAAUUCCACCCAUGGCUACCGCCUACUCUACUCCAGCCUAAUCAUAACUCCACACUCCACAUUAUCCAACUCAAUGAACUCAACGUUCAAAACAAAACAAUGGCACAAUCCUCACGAAUAAUUCUCUCGAUCAUCGUCAUCAUCAUCUCCAUUUCAUUUCCAUCUGCACUUGCAUCACAGCCUUUCAAAUUCAGGCGGACCCCAAGGCUCUCUGGAAGAUUCUCAAAGCAAACGAAACCUCAACCCCAACCCCAACCACAACAUCAACAACAGCACCAGUACGAGACCAAAUAUUACGAGCAGCGUCUCGACCAUUUCAGCUUCGCGGAUCUCCCGAACUUCCAGCAACGAUACCUAAUAAACACCGAGCACUGGUUGGGCCCCUUCCACUUGGCCCCAAUCUUCCUCUACUGCGGCAAUGAGGGAGACAUCGAAUGGUUCGCCGUUAAUUCCGGCUUCAUGUGGGACAUCGCGCCCAAGUUUGGCGCCAUGCUUGUCUUUCCCGAGCACCGUUACUAUGGCGAGUCACUGCCGUAUGGAAGUAGAGAAGAGGCGUAUAGAAAUGCUACGACGUUAUCGUACCUGACGGCAGAACAAGCUUUAGCUGAUUUCGCCGUUUUAAUUACUGACUUGAAACGGAAUUUGUCGGCUGAAGCUUGCCCUGUUGUGUUAUUCGGUGGAUCCUAUGGUGGAAUGUUAGCGGCCUGGAUGAGGCUGAAGUAUCCUCACAUCUCCAUCGGUGCACUUGCUUCUUCAGCACCGAUUCUUCAAUUUGAAGAUAUUGUGCCGGCAGAAACAUUUAAUGACCUUGUAUCCAAUGAUUUCAAGCGUGAAAGUACCAGCUGCUUUAACACUAUAAAAAAAUCCUGGGGUGAAUUGAUAUCUGAAGGUCAGAAAGAGAAUGGACUUCAUGAACUGGCCAAAACUUUCCGUCUAUGUAGGGAUUUAAGUAAGACAGAAGAUCUUGCUGACUGGUUGGAAUCUGCAUAUAGUUAUCUGGCAAUGGUGGAUUACCCAUAUCCGUCUGAAUUUAUGAUGCCUUUGCCUGGAUACCCUAUAAGAGAGGUUUGCAACAAAAUUGAUAAUUCUCCAGAGGGUUCUAGCAUUCUGGAGCGCAUAUUUGAAGGAGUUAGUGUUUAUUACAAUUACACCGGAAAAGUCGACUGCUUUGAACUAGAUGAUGAUCCUCAUGGCUUGGAUGGUUGGAACUGGCAGGCAUGCACUGAGAUGGUUAUGCCAAUGUCUAGUAGCCAAGAUGCGAGCAUGUUUCCUACAUAUGACUUCAAUUACUCCUCUUUUCAAGAAGAAUGUUGGAAGAAAUUCAAGGUGGUACCAAGACCUCGAUGGAUAACAACGCAAUUUGGUGGACAUGUUGUGUAUGAGAAUUGAUUCGUCUCUCCCUUACCAUUUUUCUCAGUUGACUCCCUUACCAUAUUUUGGUUUUGUUGAUAUUGUAUAUUAAGUAUGUUGGCACUUGCAUACGCUAUUUACGUAUGUGAAUUGUGUAAGAAAUCUUAUAGCUACAAAAUGGGGGUUGAUGGAAUAACCAUACAUGGAAUGUGGGUGAACUUGUCUUUAUGCAUUUUCUUGUCUUAUUAGAUCUCAGAAAAUUAUGUUUUUGUAUGUUAUGUGUGUUUGUGCACUUUCCUUUUAAGUCUUGAUCAAGAAAAAGUUCAACUGUCAUGUAACUUACAGUUGACUACUGAGUUUUCUUAAGGUUUCAAAAGUGUGAACCCUAGGGUACUUAAUAGGACACUUUAUUCAGAAAAGUAAACUUUUACACUUGACAUAAUAAAAAGAUAUGCUAGAGCGAAGGACAAUGUUUAUAUUCCCAAAUUCUCUUUAUUCUUGCUAUUUGCUUCAAGUUGCUGUGAUUCCCCUAAAUCCCCAGCAUAAAAGAUUCAAGAGUGCACUUCUGGGAAUGGGAAAAACGUUGAUAGAAUAGUCUUUGAUCUGAAUGGUGGUUAUAUUGAAUUCCCAUCUCUGGUCUUGUAAAUUUAUUUUGCCAAUUGUACUGUGCUCUGCUUGCUUUGGGCCGCUUGUUUUGUCUUGAGACGCUUAAGUGGAGUAACCUAAAUCUUGAGGCUGGCAGUUAGAUAUGCUUAUAAGUCAUUUUUCAGAAUCUUGUGUCCUAAAGCGGUAUCAUUAUCAUUUUGCAAGGGUCUGUUGGUUCAUGCAAAUAUAUCGUGUGGCUAUGUUUGCUAUUUCAAUUGCUUCUUAUAUAUGUUAGGUAUAAAACCUGUAAUAUUUUGUCAAUGAAUAGCUUGUGGUCCCAUAUUCAUGAUACAAAUAUUGCGUAUUCUUGAA